CAAAAAUCUUACAAAAUGGCCUGUUUAUUGUGGUAUACAUCAGUAAACAUGUUGAUUUGUAGUAGAUUGAUUUUGCCGAUAUUUGUGUUCAUUUUGCUGUUUUGUGAAACAACAGAUGCCGAAGAGAUUCCUGUACAACGUUUUAAAAUUGAAGGCAAGGUUUCAGUUGUUGGAUUAAAGAACUAUGCAGCUGAAUGGAUGAAUGGAUUGGUUAUUUUAGUCAAUGGUGGAAUUUAUAAAGGUUUUUUAAAAGUAGAUGGCACUUUUGUUGUGCACUCUGUGCCGCCCGGCUCUUAUUUAGUUGAAGUAGGGUCUUCUAAUUAUGAUUUUCCUCGAUACCGGAUUGAUAUCACGAAGGGUGGAAAAAUACGUGCCAGGCAUGUUAACUUUCUUCAGCCAAAUGCAGUACAAGUUGUGCCAUAUCCGUUAAGAUUUGUUGCAUCAAAACAAGCAGCAUUUUUUGAAAUCCGAGAAUCAUGGAAAAUUACCGAUUUCCUGUUCAAUCCUAUGGUAUUAAUGAUGGUACUACCAAUUUUAUUUGUUGUUGUUAUGCCAAAAUUGAUGUCUAUGGCCGAUCCAGAGGCACAAAAAGAAAUGCAAUCGCAAAUGAGCAUGUUUAAUAACCAGAAGCAGAUGCCAGAUAUCUCAGAGAUGAUUACGAACUACUUUGGUGGUGUUGAAAAAAAAAAAACUGUUGGUGCUAAAACUCCUUCUAGAGGGUCUGCCAAGAAGAGGUAGUUCUUGUUUAUUUGGCCUGAAGAUCUUUCUAGAAUAAGAAUGCUUUUUUUUUCUGCAGCCACGAAUGGAAUAUGUUAUUUCUAUAUCUUGGUUAUCUGUACCUCUGGUGGCAUAUGUUUAAAGUAGCCAAAUAAUUUAGAAUAAAAAAUGUUGUAAUGGCCAGAUGAUAAUAGAAGUAUAUGAUGUGUUUUAUUUUUCGGAAUAAAAAUCUGUUGUUUACUUUA